GCGCUCCCCGAGGCCGAGCAGACGACGGCCAUGGCGCUGCUCUGAGACUGACUCCGGGGAAUGAGUUCUGGCGAUUUGGAGGCCUCGUUAUGACGCCGUGCUCUCUCUGAGUGUGUCAGGGUUGUGUGAAGGCUUGGUGGUGGUGAAAGGUCAUCGGAAUGACAGCUGUGAUGGCCAGCGGAGACUCAGGUAGCCUGUCUCUGGGUGGUUUGCUGUCCUCCCUGGAGAAGGCGCGCAUACAUCUAGAUAGCGAUGAGGAGGACUUUGGCUUCCUGGCCGAUCUGCUCAAAUCACGAGAACUACAAGCCCUCGUUCAUGUACAUAAUAAGAUCAAUCGCACGAGGAAGAACUGCCAGCCGUUAAUGUCUAAUGCAGAAGACAUCGGAAUUUCAAUUAUGCGAGAAAUCCACUACAGAACCAUUCCUUCAGCUGAUGCCAUUGAACUGUUUGCUAUUUUGCAGUCACCACACCUACAGGGUGUUCUCCAAGCACAUGACAGCAUUGCCGCCAAAGAUUUUGUACCCCAUUUACCGGAAAUACCAACCGAGGUCGACGAAGAUGAAGAGACCGUCAAGAUAGUGCAGCUUGUAAAGAGUAAUGAACCCAUGGGAGCAACAAUCAAGCAGGAUGAGAAGACGGGAGCCAUCGUUAUCGCCCGCAUUAUGCACGGUGGGGCUGCGGAUAGAUCAGGACUCAUCCACGUCGGUGAUGAGGUGCAGGAGGUCAACAACUUGAAUGUUCUUGGCAAGACUCCCAACGAUGUACUUAAAAUUCUGAUGCAAGCACAGGGGACUAUCACCUUCAAGUUGCUCCCAGCAGGCAGUGCAGCCUACCUGCGGGAGAGUAAAGUGCGUGUCCGCGCUCACUUCAACUAUGAUCCCAAGGAUGACAAGCACAUACCGUGCAAGGAGGCUGGGUUGCCCUUCAAAAAAUCGGACAUCCUUCACAUAGUUACACAAGAGGAUCCUUACUGGUGGCAAGCUCGCCGUGAGGGAGAUCGCAAUAUGCGUGCUGGGCUGAUCCCCUCGAGACAGUUGCAAGAGAGACGCAUCUUAGCCCACCGCCAAGAACAGGCAGCCAAUGGUCAAAUUUCAGGAUGCAUCCUUCCCAAGUCACCAAGUUGCAGACCUUCACCAAAAAUAAAGAAGAUCAUCUACGACGCCUCGGAGAGUGAGGACUUUGAUCGGGAAGAAGUUGCCACGUACGAAGAAGUUGCCCGCCUUUAUCCCCGACCAGGACUCCCUCGGCCAGUAGUUCUCAUUGGUCCCCCUGGAGUGGGACGGAAUGAGUUGAAGAGAAGACUUUUGGCACUGGACCCUGACAAGUUCCGAACCCCAGUCCCAAUGACCUCGCGGCCACCUCGACCUGGUGAGGUAAACAAUCGUGAUUACCAGUUCGUGUCACGGGAUGAGCUGGAGGAAGAGGCAGCCAACGGAACACUGGUAGAGCACGGGGAAUUCAAGGGACACUUGUAUGGCACCUCUUCGAUCACCCUCAAGUCGAUGAUCAAUGCCGGAUAUGUAGUUAUAGUCACACCUCAUUACCAGGCCCUCAAGUACCUGAGAACUGCAGAGUUCAAACCCUACGUGAUAUAUGUGAAGCCCCCAACCCUGGCCGUGCUCAAGGAGACCAGGGAGGCAGCACAUGCAAGGUCAACCUUUGAUGAAAAUAACUCCAGAGGAUUUACUGAGGAUGAGUUCAAAGACAUGCUGAAAGCGGAUGCAAGAAUCGAGUUCCACUACUCGCACUGGUUUGACGAGGUUAUUGUCAACGACGACUUGUCCUCAGCAUUCGAGCUCUUGGUGGCUGCUGUAAAUAGGGUGGAGACUGAACCACUGUGGGUGCCUGCAUCCUGGGUGCAAUAAUUCUAGUGCAAUCAUUGUUUUUCUUUUUAUUUUUUGUCAUGAUUUCCAUUUCCCCCCCCCCCCCCUCCUUCUUUUAUUAAAGUAGUGCAGCAAUAAGUCAUAUUCUUCAUGCAUUACGCUUUAGAACAGUGGUUUCUUGAAGUGUUAAUAUCCAUGUGAAGUGCUGGACAUGACAGUGCCAACACACCUGCCUUUAGUUUUGUUUUGUGCCUUUUUUCAGAAAAAAAAAAGUUUUAGGACCAUGAAAAAGUAAUAAUUGUUGUUAUUAGGAGGAUUUAGACUGUAUCCAAGGAUAGGCAAGAUAAAAGUUAGUGUAUAUUUACUGGAAAAUUCCUUUGAGGUUUCAAAAGCUGCUCUUACAAGGCUCGAUAUACCUUUAUGGUGUUAUGCAAGAUUUUGUGUUAUUCCCACAAGGUUACUAGCCUUUCUUGUAAUACAUAGCAGGUGAACAAUCACAUGGCAUUUUGGUGCAGGUAACCACACUUCUUGUGUGCUAUUACUACCAGUGGAGGAGGCAGCUAGUCAUUGUUUAAAAUGAAACCACUGGGUGUUAACCUGUAGUGUUAAUCCCUGCAUUUCAGCCAAAAGAAAAUGGUAGACAUCACUUCUUAGGUAGAGUUGAGUAUUUCUACCAUCAUACUGCAAAAAUCUAGUGUGACUAUCUUGGUGUAACUUGUUAAACUGUCAUCACAAACUUUACCAAAGCAAGAUUGUAAAAAUGUUUGGCUUUGUGAACUGUUUAAUCUCCCACUUUCUCCUAUAAAUCUUCAAGGAUCUGUUUCAGUGGACUUCCUAAAUAUCUCUUGUGCCUCAUACCUACUUACUAACUAAUAUUGACUUAUAUAGAGGUGUGCAUGCAACCUUAUAAGUAAGUAAACAACUUUUUCAGUUCAAAGCAUGUCGAACUGUGCCCAGUAUGGCUGCAGCUACUUUCAUUAUUUAUUGUCAUAAUUUGUUUCAUCAUUAUUUAUUGAGAAUGUCCUUAGAUACCUCGAUUCUUGUGAAACAUUUUCUCACACUGCUCCAUGCAAAACACUUACUAUGUCUCAUGUACAAAUGAGGAGAAAAGAGAAGUGUGUGAACAAGAACUGUGUGAAUGAUGGUGUAGCACAAGAGACAUCACGUGGUGCGAGCACUCUUGUGUAGAAGUAAUACAAAUGCCCCAUGUUGUGCAUAGCAGAGCCCAGCCUCAGUGGAGUACCAGAUAUAAUGAUGGUUAUUUGGUACAGAGUUUUUAUAAUAGUUACAAACACCUUUUAUAUAGUUACUGUUGUAUGUUUCUAUACUGCCAUAAAUAUAGGUGAGAAUAGGUUUAACAACAGCUUGAGCAGUUGAUGUUGGAUGAGAGUAGAUGCAAAACUUGUCAGCAAUACACAUUCCUAGUUCAGUGAUCUAGUCUUGAAUGGAGGGCCGUUGAGUCUUCGUUUGAUGUCAUAACCAAAGCCGUAAUGGGUUAGGGAAUAUAUUCACCACAUCUAGUGAAGGAAAGAAAAAAUAAUGGGCAUGUAAAUGUGCAAUUGCUUUAAUGGUUGUGGUAUUUCUCUUUGUUUCAAUGCUGAUUAUGGCCUUUUUAAAGAGUUUAGUAUUAACAAAUUCUUUGACAGUAACAUUCAGAUAGGUAUGUAGAAAACUGAAUUUUAGCAUGAAUAUCAUAAAUAGUCAGUGUAUCAAAAUAAGAGGAUAUUAGAGUGAAUGAUCAGGAAGAUAGGCCUACACAAAUUAAGACCAUUUAGCAGCAUGGAUUCACUACCAGUUAAAAAGAGUUCAUGCAUGACCACACUCGGAAAAUGUUCUAGUUGUAAGGGCACUUAAGUGACUUCAUGGUUGUAUUUUUUCUUUCUGAGUUGUAGGGACUGAAAUUUUGCCAGAUGUUUUGUCCUGACAAGUUCUUCCACCUUUUUUUUUUAAGAAAAUCCAUGUCACUGCUCUGCAUGUUUACACUUUAAUGGCAUGGGGUUUGUACUUUCAUUAGCAGUGCAGUUAUUUUUUCUUAUAAUUUAUUGCAAAAGACAUAAGUUAAAAGUAUACAAUUACCUUUUGUAAGUAGUAGAAAUGUACUUAGGUAUUGUGACCAUUCUUCUUUUUAUUGAUUGAUUUCUUGUCUCCAUUCAUUUAUCCAUGUUGAGUCAGUAUGAGAUAGGAGAAGUCUUCGGUUUGGUCCCAAAUGUAAAGUGAGUGGCCUAAAACGUAGACUUUAUUAAGUGAUUAAAACUAAAGACUUGAUUCCACGAAAUAAAUUAAUUGAAUUAAGUUACUGAGUACCUGUGCUAAAUAAAACCGUAGGAGCUUAUGUGCAAUCAUUGCAUAGAUAUGUACAUUUAAGAUGGUAUAUAUAUCUUCUUUUUUUAUUGGCUUGCAGUUGGUAUGAAUACUUGUACACUCAAAAAAUCUCCCACAGCAUCCAUAGGUCUUUGAAUUAUAUAUUAUCCAUGUUUAUAAGCAGUCAUUAGUAUAUUGAAUGAAAAUCAACCAGUAGAUGUAGUUUCUUAUAUACACAUUUUUCUUUUGGGAAUGUCAUAUAAGAUUUUAGAAGAGUAGUUAAGAACUGUCAUCUGUAUGAUGCUAGUUAACAAAUAGCCUUUAUUGCUGCUUUUUUUUGUCUUUUUUGUCUUUUUUAUUAUAAUUUUCAGUUUGAAUGAAUGAAUGUACAGAGAAGGGGUAAAGUACUUGCGGUGUGUGGAAUAUUACAUGUGCAUUAUAUAUUAUCCACAAAAGCAUGAAAACCUUUUUUAAUGAUAUAUGAUAAUGGCCUUGUAUGAUUUAAGAAAAUGUGACCAUUAGAUUUAAUGGAAGCCAAAACAAGAAAGUUACUAGUCACACAGUAGUAAUGUGAUUUGGUAGUGCACAGAGAUUAUAAAAACCUAUGUUUGACAUAGAUGGAUGUGUGAUCAUGAUAAUUGCCUGAUUUUGUAGGUAACAAAAUUUUCUAAGUAUUAAUGAUUGAUUCAAGAAUAUUAUGAGCAUUAUACACAUA